CAGUUUUAUCAUAUUCUUCCUUGAGCUUGUGUACUACACACUAGCACCCACAUAAUUAACAAAACGACUUGACUCAUCAAAGUUUUGGACACAAAUCACAACUAAAGUAACUCUUCUAAUGUAAGCCUUUCUCAUGCAGCUCGUAGAGCUGUUGCAGGGAAAGCAUUUUCUUGUGUUAUUGUUCGACACAAGUGGGUAUUGUUUUCCCGUAAGUCGAUCACGGAUCGCUGGUACACGUACGCGUGACGUACUGACGAUGCUGACUCGGACAAGGACCGUCGACGAUCGGACAUUCCGCAACAACACAGCACAACAUACAUACCGUAGCAGCAGUUCGCGCCUCUCGUUGCGUACUUGCAUUUGGCAAUUGCUCUACGCUUACUCAUUAACCCUGCGUCUCCGCUUUCCCCGUCUUCAUUCCACUCCAUCUCUACCUCUCUCUCUCUCUGUGUAAUGUGCUCUCACACUCUCACACACACACCCACCGUCACACAGCUUGUCCUGUUCUCGUUUGAUAUCGGGUGGAAAUUCGUCGCGUUCGGUGACAUUCGCUCGUUGAAUCCACACGGCUGUAGCGAGGAGCAGCGGAUGGGUCGGCAACGAUCAUGGCGACGACGAAUUUCCAACGGUACACGACGCAGAGAGCGGAGUUUCGCGCACACACACACACACACACAAUCUUGCACACAAACUAGGGGGGAAACCAGCAAGGGAGGGGGGGCUGCAGGGGGUGGCUCACAAAAAAGCGAUUGCCGCAUUAUCAUCAGCUUUUGUCUUCUGGGAGGAUUUAUUUUAAGAAAUUCUAUCAACCAGCAGCGCGCAGUGGGCAAACGGAAUACGGGCAAACACAAACACACACACCAGCCAGCCAGCCAACCAGCCAGCAAGCCAGUCAGCCAGCCAGCCAGUCAGUCAGUCAGCCAGCGGCAACCUUUUCGAGCAUCAGCAGCAGGCAGUCGUACAGUAGUAGACGAGCAUGGAAAAUUUAAAAAUACAAAUCCCGUGCGCCGUGACAGACUGACAAACUGGCUGGCUGGCUUGGUUUUGGCGUUGGAUUUGGCUUUGGCGUUGGCUGGCUAGGUUUGGCUGACAGUUUUCGGGGAACGAACGGGCGACGGACACACCAGCGCAACCUACCUAAAAGGGUUCCGUGUCUGUACGUGUGUGUGUGUGUGCUUGUGUUUUAGUGUCUGUAAGAGUAGCAAAAAGCGCGCGUUUCCGUCCGUUCGCUGAAGUGACCUAAAAUUGGCCUUUAUUUUUAAAAAUGGACACCGCAAACACGCACCCACUUGGAGGUCGGCCCAGUAGCUGCACCGGAGGAGGAGGUGUCGGUGGUGGUGGUGGUGGCGGUGGAGGAGGAGGUGGUGGAAGAAUGCCAGGAGCAGCGGGCAGUUCAAGUCCGCAGCAGUUCUGCCUUCGAUGGCACAAUCAUCAGGCAAGCCUGCUCAGCUCGCUGCCGCUGCUGCUCGACCAGUCGCACCUUACCGACGUGACGCUGAUGGCGGAGGGGCAGAAAAUUAAGGCGCACCGGGUCGUCCUGAGCGCCUGCAGCACGUUCUUCUCCGAGCUGUUCCGCACGCUCGAUGGCACCCAGUACCCGGUGGUGGUGCUGCCGGGCGCAUCGUACCACGCCGUCGCCGCGCUGAUCACGUUCAUGUACUCGGGCGAGGUGAACGUGUACGAGGCGCAGAUAUCCGUCCUGCUGUCGCUCGCCGAAACGCUCGGCAUCAAGGGGCUGGCCGACUUUAACAGCAACCCGAACAAAUCGAGCACACCGUCGACGGAAGCGUCGUCGUCGCGGGACUCCGACGUACCGUCGCCGUACCAUUCGAUGAAGGUGUCCUCGCCGGUCGACAACUACUUUGCCCGCCCGUACGCGUUCGGUGCGGACCUGUUCGAGAUGCGCCACGGGGCGCAGGCACUCAAUCUGAUCACCAACGCUGGCGGCUCGAAUGGAGCGGCAGCAUCGAACAGUGCCCCCGGCACGGGCAGUGCCCCGCACAGCGAAGGAUUCACCGGCAACAACGCCGCGCACACAAUCGCAGCCAAUCUUUCCACCAGCAAGUCCGGCGAUCUUUACGCGCGGUUCGAAGCCGAACGGAACGAGCAAAUGUCGGCGGAAGCACUCUGCAAGCUGAACGAACUGAACCUGCACGCCGAGAGCGCUCUGCUGAAGGAGAAACAGCAACAGCACCAUCUAAACCGGUCAGCCACGCCGGUACGUUUGGCGGGCUACGCGCAGCAGCACGCGAACUCGCCCCACAACACCACCGCUGCCGGUGACGCCCGGUCCGUCGACGAGUCGGCCCUGUUCGGCAGCUUUGGCAACGACAACGGUCGGGAUUGCAAACUGUCCGCAAAUGGGCCGCUACUGCUCGGGCUGAAGCUAAAAGAGGAAGACCUUUCCGACAGCAUGCACCACCAUCAGCUCAACCAAUCGUACGGUUCCGUCCCGUCCACACCGACCGCACAAACGCCCGGACUGGAGGAUGCGGGGCGCGUUUCCCAGCCGAACGCCGCGACGCGCAAAACACUGGCUGCCCAGGACACGGCCACGAGCAAGCGCAAAAAGCUGGAACAAAUUACCGAAAGCCUGAUCGAAACGCUGAAACAGUCCACCGAGUCCGGCAACAAGCUGCCGCUGCACCUGUUCAGCAAACCGCCGACCGUGACGCCGGUCAGCAGCACGCAGAACCCGUACCUGGCGCACCAUCACUUCCUCACGAACGAGAGCGCCUCCAAGACGCCGGAAAACUUUAGCCUCGAGUCGUCGCACCCGAACGCCGCCUCGAACGCGAACGCGCUGCGCGCUUCGCCUUCGAUCGCGACCGCCACCACGCUCGGCACGGCCGCGUCACCGACGACGACCGCACCACCCGGCACCGGGUCGCUGCUCGCGCUCACCCCAUCCUCCUCGCCCGCCAGUGCGAACGAAAAUCUGAUCAAAACGCUUCACAUUACCCAUCCGGCGCAGGUAGCCGCGUUGCAGCAGCAGCAGCAGCAGCAGUCAUCACAGCAAUCCGCCACGCAGAAGCCUCCCUCGUCGAAGCUGUACGCCACGUGCGUCAUUUGCAACAAGCAGCUUAGCAACCAGUACAAUCUGCGCGUGCACCUGGAAACGCACCAGAACGUUCGCUACGCUUGCCAGGUGUGUUCGCACGUGUCGCGGAGCAAGGAUGCGUUGCGAAAGCACGUCUCCUACCGCCAUCCGGGUACACCGAGCCCGUGCGAUCCGGACACGAAGCGGAAGCGCUCGAAGGGCAACGCGUACAGCCAGCUGGCGAAGCAGGACGGGCUGGCGGAGCAGCAGGCCGCAGCUAUCCUGAACCACCACCAGCAACAGCAGCAGCAGCAGCAAGCAAGCAAUCUGCUUGCCAACCUAACAGCGCAGGGUCCGCUACCGUCGUUCCUGCAGUCGAUUGCCGCGCACAACAAAUCGGCCGCCCUGCUAUUCAACCAAACGGUGUCGGUGGCGGCACUAGCACAGGCAGGGCAGGCCUGCAACCCGGCCACAUCCACUACGCCACCCGCGCCAACCGGUGGGCCAGCCGAACUGGGCGCGACGCCGGGCAAGCGGGAUGCCACCACCGGUGCCACGGGUUCGGGCGAGACGGACGGUGUCGAAGAGCGGCCUAAAUCGGCACCCGAUGGGAAGGUGGACGAUUCGAAACCGGAUGACCACCCAUCCGCGACGACCAAACAAUCUGACAAAGACAUUUAAAAAGACCCCGAAGCUGUUGUGCCGUACUCAAGUGGGAGGAGAGAGAGAAAGAGAGAGAGAGAGAGAGAGAGAGAGAGAGAGAGAGAGAGAGAGAGAGAGAGAGGGGAAGGAAGGAGACCAACAUCGGCUAGACAUGGUGCCAGGAAAUGAGAAAAAGAAAGAGAGAGAGAGAGAGAGAGAGAGGAGAGAGAGAGAGAGAGAGAGAGAGAGAGAGAGAGCAAGAAACAUGCAGCCACUCUUGCCCGGAAAGGCAAAAUGCUGCGGAAUUUUACUGAAAAAGACAUUAGGUUUUAACGCUAUUUAACUAUACAUACGCCGUAAUGGCGCUAGUGCUAAUACGAGAUACGAGUUGAUGUUGGAGUGCAUACGCGCAAGCAUCCCCUCAUCCCCCACCCCUCUCUACAAGCGUGGCAUUCGGAAGGCCCCGUCACCCACAUCGUCCUUCGUCAGCGCAACGGUUUUGCGCAAACUUAGGCAAAAUUUACGAUUUUACAUCUCCAUCUCCAGCUUGAUUUUCGUAUUGUUUUACACAGUUUUACUUAGUUUUCGUUCGUGUUUCCUUCUUUCAUUUUUUUUACGCACAUAUUAUUUCCCUUUAUUUCCCCUCAGUUGUACUUAAACUUGUUCCCUAGCUGUGAUAGUAAGACAAUAUUUUUGUAUAGACCUGUAAAAGCUCUUUGCGUAAGACCUUUGUUUCGACCGAUCCUAACUGCACUCGGCCAGCAUAAACGUUGGGAAACGCGUGGCUCAGAUAGCGUACAGUUUUUUAGGCUUUCGGUGUCGUCCAACUCAGCUGCUGCUGCUGCUGCUACUAUUUCUCACACUCAGUACACACACUGAGGUAACAACAACCUAUGUGCCUUACUUCAUAGUAGAAAAAACACGCACUAUUACAUUUAAAAGCUCUGCUACCUCACACAAUAGAGAGACAGACAACUGUAGAUGAAACAUCCAGGACCGAAUGUACCACUUCUUCGACGUGGUUGCCAUGGAGCGUUUAAGAAAGAGAAACGUGUAAGCUGCUGUACUGUACAGUGCAAUUGCGCGUCCCAUUUUAUAGCUGUCGAUCGUUAGGACGGACGGAACCUUCUUCGAACACUUAAAAGACAUUUAAUUACCUACCCAGCGCCUCUCGCACGUUAGUGUUGGACAUUUUCGCGAGAGGCCAAUUUUUCUUUCCACCCCGUAUGUACUUUCCCCCCGAAUUGAGUUGUUUUUGGUGUAGCUAUUAUUUCAAAAACCUCUACUACCCCAAUCACACGGGAGGGGCACGUGGGGCCCCUCCUCUCCCGCUCCACCAUAUAUUUAUAUUCGAUCUAGUCUUUUUACCCUUUUAUGCGCUCUCCCUCACCCCCCCACUCCUACAGCCCUCGCACAUCCAACGCCAUAAAAAGCUGGCACACUACAGAGGGUGGAGUGGGGUGGCAUGAUUCGGUGGCACCGAGGAUGGAAACGGGGGUUUGACAAAAAAAAAGGACGCAAUACAGAAGAAACAUAAGAAAAGACAAACCUUUCUCUUUUAAGGAUAAUGGAUAGGUUAGUAAAUUUAAAUGAUAUUUGGUAACACCUUAUAUUACCACCAGCCGGGGCAGAAAAAUGUGUUCUUUUUCCCUCCCGAGCCGCGGUUGGUUAAGACAGGCGCGCGCACACACACACAAACCCUGCGCGAACCUGCACUGCACACCACCACCGUCGCCUACUGCGCUUACGCCUCCCGUCGUGCAGGAGGGAAGGGGAGAAGGGAAGAAAGAACGGUUCAAUGUUACCAAAACGGGAUCGAAGUGCACGGACAUCACCAGUUCGCAGUAGGCGCGGUAGGGUGGGUGCGAGACAGGUGUUAUUAAGAAGCUCUAUGGCCUCUCUGGAAAAGAAAUUAGUGAAAAUCUGUUUUAAUGAAGUAUAAAUAAUGUUGACCUGUUUUUUUUUGUA